ACUUGAGCAUCUUGCCUCGCGGCUUGGAAUCCCGACCUCAACAGUUCUCUUCCGGCGGAAAAUGUCAAGCUUGGAACCCUGUCGCACAACUACACUUUACCCAGAGAGACUGCAACCCGAGCUGCUGUCUGGAGACACCUUCAGCUCACCUAAAGUAGCAGCGGUGGCGGCUUCUCUAGCCUGCGACGUGGAGUAAUUGAAGCGUUCCAGGUAGCUCACGGCUCGCCCCUUCCUUUUGUGCCUGGGACAAGGAAUCUUCUGAUGCUGCCAAAUUCGGGUUUUAUUCUUCACGCCGCACGUGUGGGCAGUGCCAGUCCCGGACCCUUUGUAUCCCAGAAAAUUGAAAUAGAAUUGGAGAAGAAAAGUGUCCCAUAAUAAUUAAAAAUGUCUCAAAAAGUUGCCAAGCCAUCAAAAACACUGAACAUCUCUAGCUCUCUGGAAUCUGAAGAUAUUAGUCUAGAAACAACAGUUCCUACAGAUGAUAUUUCCUCAUCAGAAGAGAGAGACGGUAAAGUCAAAAUCACCAAGCAGCUAAUUGAACGGAAAGAACUGCUUCAUAAUAUUCAGUUACUGAAAAUAGAGCUAUCACAGAAAAAUAUGAUGAUCGACAAUUUGAAGGUUGAUUAUCUUACAAAGAUUGAAGAAUUGGAAGAGAAGCUUAAUGAUGCACUUCACCAGAAGCAGCUACUAACAUUGAGAUUAGAAAACCAGUUGACUUUUCAACAAAAGGAUGCCAGAAAAUAUCAAGAACUAAUGAAACAAGAAAUGGAAACUAUUUUAUUGAGACAGAAGCAACUAGAAGAGACAAACCUUCAGCUAAGAGAGAAAGCUGGAGAUAUUCGUCGAAACCUGCGUGACUUUGAGUUGACAGAAGACCAAUAUAUGAACCUAAAAGGUCUUCCGGAAGAUCAGCUUUCUAUUCCUGAAUAUGUGUCUAUUCGGUUCCAUGAACUAGUGAAUCCAUUAAGAAAGGAAAUCUCUGAACUACAAGUGAAAAAGAAAGACCUGGCCGAAGAAUUAAGUGAAAACAAGGGUCAACUGAAACAACUGACUGAGACUUAUGAGGAAGAUCGCAGAAACUACUCUGAGCUUCAAAUUAGAUGUCAACGUUUGGCCUUAGAAUUAGCAGACACAAAACAGUUAAUUCAGCAAGGAGACUACCGUCAAGAGAACUAUGGUAAAGUCAAGAGUGAGCGUGAUGCACUUGAACAGGAAGUAACUGACUUAAGGAGAAAACAUGAAACACUUGAAGCCUCUCACAUAAUUCAAGCUAAAGAAGGAAGUGAAUUAUCAAAAGAGGUAGCCACCUUACAGCAUACUGUUACUUUACUGCAAAAAGAUAAAGAAUAUCUCAACCGCCAAAAUAUGGAGCUUAGUGUUCGCUGUGCCCAUGAAGAGGAUCGUCUUGAAAGACUUCAAACUCAACUUGAAGAAACCAAAAAGGCUAGAGAAGAGAUGUAUGAAAAGUACGUAACAUCAAGAGACCAUUAUAAAACAGAAUAUGAAAAUAAACUACGUGAUGAACUGGAACAAAUCAGAUUGAAAACUAAUCAAGAAAUUGAUCAACUUCGAAGUGCCUCCAGGGAAAUGUAUGAACGGGAAAACAGAAACCUCCGAGAAGCAAGGGAUAAUGCUGUGGCUGAAAAGGACCGAGCAGUGAUGGCUGAAAAGAAUGCUCUAGAAAAACAUGAUCAGCUCUUAGACAGGUACAGAGAACUACAACUUAGUACAGAAAGCAAAGUAACAGAAUUUCUCCAUCAAAGUAAAAUAAAAUCUUUUGAAAGUGAGCGUGCUCAGCUUCUACAAGAGGAGACUGCAAGAAACCUCACACAAUGUCAGUUGGAAUGUGAAAAAUAUCAGAAAAAAUUGGAGGUUUUAACUAAAGAAUUUUAUAGUCUCCAAGCCUCUUCUGAAAAACGUAUUACCGAACUUCAAGCACAGAACUCUGAACAUCAGGCAAGGCUAGACAUUUAUGAGAAACUGGAAAAAGAGCUUGAUGAAAUAAUAAUGCAAACUGCAGAAAUUGAAAAUGAAGAUGAGGCUGAAAGGAUUCUUUUUUCUUAUGGCUAUGGUGCUAAUGUUCCCACAACAGCCAAAAGACGACUAAAGCAAAGUGUCCAUUUGGCAAGAAGAGUGCUUCAGUUAGAAAAACGAAACUCGAUGGUUCUAAAAGACCUGGAACAUCAAAAGAACCAAGUAACACAGCUUUCACAAGAGCUUGACAGGGCCAAUUCUCUGUUAAACCAGACUCAACAACCUUACAGGUAUCUCAUUGAAUCAGUGCGUCAGAGAGAUUCUAAGAUUGAUUCACUGAAGGAGUGUAUUACCCAACUUGAGAAAGACGUCAGCAAUUUAAAUAAAGAAAAGUCAGCUUUACAGCACAUGAAGAAUCAAAUGGCAUUAGAUUUGGAACAACUUCUGAAUCAUCGUGAGGAAUUGGCAGCAAUGAAACAGAUUAUCAUUAAUAUGCAUAGUAAGCGUUCUGAGGACAACUUGCUUUUUACUAAAAUGGAAUCCAAAACUGUGACAGGAAAUCAGAAAUCAAAGACUUUGAAUGUGCCUAGAGAACAUGAAGACAAUAUAUUUAUACCCAAACCAACACUCUUUGCAUUCGAUGCACCAACAAAGACUAAAUUGAACCACCGAAUACCAAAAAAGAAGCACCUGAGUGGUCUAAGACACAAAAAAUGAAGACGUAGUAUUUUGGACAGAUUUGCUCUAUCAGUAUUUACUCCUGAAGGUCUUUUUCUGAUGAACAAAAUUUAUCUUAAUCACGUACUUGACAUUUUUUAAAUAGCUAAUUUAAAGUUUAUUUUAACUGAAUGUUAAAUUAACAAAUUAUCAUAAUAAUCAAACUACAUAAAGUGCAAAUAUUUGGUUUUAUCUAUUUUGUUACAAAAUAAAUAUUGUAUACUCUACUAUGAUUUAAA